AUGAUGUUACUUUUGUUGACCAUUCACUUCUACUACCGAUACCUAUCUGUAACUGGGUCACCCAAUCUCGCCAGAUUCCACCUGAGAGCUUUUCCGAUCUGGCUUUUAUUCCUUGCACUUAACAACUCUAUCUGGUUCGUACUAUCCUAUUAUUUUCAUGGAGAAUCUGAAAUGAAAAAUCAAGUUGUCGCUCCUGAUUUUUUGAAAAUAUAUUGUUUGGAACAGGGAGAGUAUACUUAUUUAGGCCCUCAAUACUUUUUCAAGAACAACGCAACUGGGAAAUUCGAAUGUCAUACUUCUUCGUUUCUCUCUGCUGGAACGAUUUGUGUUAUCAUGUCCGUCACUUUUUCUCUUUUAAUUCAUUUUGGAAGUCAAACAUACUAUCAUUUGUAUAAACUUGGCCAAAUUGCUCGAUUCGAUUCUCAAAACCUUCAGAAGCAGCUAUUCCGAACCCUUGUAAUCCAAACAUGUAUCCCAUCAGUCUUUAUGUAUCUCCCUGUCACCUGUUUGUUUAUAUUUCCACUUUUCGGAGUCACUGUCGAUGGGCUGUCUAGCUUCAUUCCGAUCUCUGUGGCGAUUUAUCCCUGUUUUGAACCAAUGGUCGCAAUUUACUGCAUCAAACCGUUCCGGAUGAGAAUGAUUGCAAUUCUCACCGGUUGCUAUCAUUCGAAAAACACAGUGAACACGUUUGCGUUGGCCACAAUUACUUAA